AUGGACCGUUGGUUGAAAGGUGGACAUUUUAAUAAGAAGCCUGUUACAGAGGAAUCUCUUAGUACUCAGUCCGUAGAAGGCAGAAUCAAUGACGAAAAUGGUAGUCAAGUAAUUCAUCAUUGUAAUUCAAAUGCAAAUGGUUUCAUAAAUCCGAUCAAAAAACGUAAAUACAACGAAAGUUAUUUAGAGAUGGGGUUCUCAGAAACUAAUGAUUGCCAGCCACAGUGCGUUAUUUGUUUGAAAGUUCUUCCUAACCGUUCCAUGUAUCCCGGAAAAUUGCGUCAUCAUUUUGAAAAGACCCAUCCGGAUUAUGAAGGUAAAACGACUGACUAUUUUAAACGAAAGCGCACUGAACUAUUGGCUGUUCAAAACAAAAUAAAAACACACGUUCAAACUGACAACGAAAAUGCAUUGAGAGCUUCUUACAUGGUGAGCUACCGCAUUGCUCAAAAAGGUGAAGCUCAUACUAUUGCUGAAACGCUUAUAAAACCAUGUCUUAUUGAUAUAGCAACUUGUAUGCUUGACGAUAAAUUUGCCAAACAGUUGUCAACAAUUCCUUUUUCAAACAAUACUGUUGCGCGACGAAUAGCAGAUUUAGCUACAAAUGUAGAACAAACACUUGUCUCUAUUAUUAAAUACAGAAAAUUUGCUCUACAAAUGGUCGAAUCAACUGAUGUGGCAGGUCUAGCUAUUUUGUUGGUGUUUGUUCGUUACGAAAAUAUUCAUUCUUUUGAAGAGGACCUUUUAUUUUGUCGACCACUUUUAUCAAAUACGACGGGGGUCCAAAUUUUCGGAUUAUUGGAUGGUUUUUUCACCGAAAAUAAGAUUCCAUGGACCAAUUGCAUUGAUGUGUGUACUGAUGGUGCGAAGGCCAUGGUAGGAGCAACAGCUGGAGCAGUUGCUAAAAUAAAGGAAAAAUCUAAAGAAAUUCGCAGUAGUCAUUGCAUACUGCACAGACAUGCUCUGGCAAUGAAAACCAUGCCUUUUUCUUUGAAAAACGUUAUGGAUGAUGCUAUAAAAAUAAUCAACUUUAUCAAGUCACGGCCUCUGAAAUCCCGACUUUUUAAAAUUUUGUGUGAUGACAUGGGAAGUCUUCAUAGUACAUUACUUUUCCAUACAGAAGUCAGGUGGCUGUCACGCGGCAAGGCUCUUACGCGGUUAAUGGAAUUACGAACUGAAGUUCUUUUAUUUUUAAUGGACCAAAGCGUUACAUUGGGUAAAAUCAUGAAAGAUGUAACACGGCUCUGUCAAUUUUCAUACUUGGCUGAUAUUUUUAGCAAAAUGAACUAG